ACCAAAACGUGUAAAAUGAUAUUUUUUAUCGAACGAAAGCGCUAACGACUUUUGACUAGCACACGAGCUACGAUUGUCAGAGACUGUACUAUUAUCGGACCUGGUGUGUACAUUCAUCUUUUUAUUCGCUGGUUUUGUUUUGGUAUCCGGAAGAGUGAAGAAAAUUAUUUUCCGUGGAAAUUGAACUUUAAAACCUCCGCAACCAUUAGCAGCAUCGAAUUGGUCAUGUCGCUCAAAUCCCAGGACGAUAUCCCUCUGGCUGAUGACGAUUUAGAAGUCAUCAUCAACGAUGAUGAAAGUUCCAAGUAUAUGUGCAAUGGCCGUUCGCUAGAUUCGAUCGCCAGCUCGUACACCAACGGUAACUCUAGUCCACAACAGUUUCUAGAAAACGAAAGCCCCGAUGCGGACGAGCAGGAAGAGAAGGCCCGUCUCAUUGCCCAGGUGCUGGAGCUGCAGAACACGCUGGACGAUCUUUCACAGCGUGUGGACAGCGUGAAGGAAGAGAAUCUCAAGCUGCGCUCGGAGAACCAGGUGCUCGGACAGUACAUCGAAAAUUUGAUGUCCGCCUCCUCGGUGUUCCAAUCGACCACGCCGAACAAUGUGCAGAAGAAAAAGUAAGGUCUGAAUCGUCGUGACACCGAAAUGCUUCUUCGCUGCAGCGACAACGAUCCACUUUGAAGCCAAAGAUAUUCCACGAGCUGUUGCUAUUGUAGUAGAACAAAGAUCGAGCAACCAUUAGUGCACCCUAACGGCACAAUUAGGCUAGAGCAGGGAUUUUGAAUUUAUAUUAACGCUUGAAAACUACAGAAUCUGCUGGCAUGUCGUAGAAGCCGCGGCAGGAACCACAUUACACCCGCCUUUCCUAGUACAUAUGGAUCGGGUACCAUACGACUGUUGUUAGUUUUCAUAGAUGCCUUGGCUUAGCACGUUUUGUCUUACAUUUCUUCAGUGUUUAUUACCGUCACGCGGUAGACCCGUGCAUUCCGAAGAUGGUUAUCUAAGCUUAAGUUUGUGCUAACUCGCCCUGGUCCUAUCAUCGCUACCAUUUGCCCCAUAUUAUCUGUAAGAUGGUUAAUCAUGUUAAUCGAACGCUAACGAGAUAAUAUGUAACAAAUCGGAAUACUCUACUGUAUUUAUUUGGUAUUAAAUAAAUUGUAAACUCACACGCAA